AUGCGGUACUGGCUCCCAUAUGUUAGCGGCAGUAUUCAAUCAGGCACACAGGCUGAAGAAGUACGUACCCCGCUCGUGGCAUGUGUCGGAGAUCAUCUAAUCCCGAAGAAAAAAGACUUGGAUGUGGUUACUAUCCUGAAGAAAAAGACUUGGAUGUGGCCUAUCACCCUAUCGAAUAUAAUUGGAAAAUUGUACGCCUCGGUUCUGGCAGAUAGCCUGGGCAAGUGGUGCAGAGAAAACAACCGUAUAUCAAGCGCACAAAAAGGGUUCAUGCCAUUUGAGGGUUGCAGCAAGCACAACCAAACGCUACAAUCUUCAAUUCAAAAUGCCAGAAGGAGACGCAAAGAAAUCGUGGUUGCGUGGCUUUACCUCAAAAAUGCUUUCGGCUCGAUCCCGCAUAAAACGAUCUUCAACGCAAUGCGCUGGGCGGGACUGUACAGCGAGAGCAUCAUCCUGAUAGAACGAUUCUAUAGCGGAUGCACCACGAAGAUUAGAACACACCAGGGAUAA